UCCUGAUUUACAACAAUUUCAAUAAAGACUCAGAAAUGCAAUUUUGAGAUUACAUUUUUUUCCCGUAUGUCCUCCAUCAUUAAAAAAAGUACCACAAAAACACACUUUUUGUUGCUGUGGGUUAUAAAUUGUAAAUACAAUUAAAAAUGAUUAAUUAAAGUUUCAAAAUGACUGCAGUGUUGAAUUUAAACUGUGUCUGACACAAGAAAUAUGGUUUUAGAAACAAAAGUGAUCAUGUGCUAAUGUAUGUAUCCAGUUUAAAUUGACAAAGUUAAAGCUAAUCCUGGUAAAUUGUUAGCAUUGUAUUUGUUUAUAAGACGUUAAGGUACUCUAAAAAGUGAUUCAUAAUUUGACUUCCUCAGGUCCGAUUUGAGGUGAUUUAACAUCAUCACACCUGCGUGGAUUCAUCAGGUUUGUUUUUACUGACACUUGUCGGUGAAACGAUGUAUUACAACAUGAUCCUGAACAAGAAAAGAAAGCAAAAAUAAAUAAAUAAAAAUCAAAAGUUUGAACUCAGCAAAGAAAAAAGCUAUAUCAGAAAAAUCUAAUAGAAAAAAAAUAUAAUAGAUGUUUAAAUCUCGCGAUGAUUUUACCUAAAGAAAAAAAACCCAAUAAACAGCUUCAAAUGACUUUUCAACUUUUUACUGUUUUUAAAUUAAAUGAUAAAAGUCUAAAGAACCUGUAAACUUCAGGUGUUAAUCUGAAUAAAGUACACCGUCAUUUUCCCGGGAGAUGCGUGUUUGUUGACAGGGCAACUUUCCCCGCGUGACGUGUCAGCUGGAGGAAACACUCACCGGGGGGAUCGGGCAUGCUUCCCUAAAACACCUCAUCCGUUACCCGGUCUGCAGCUCAACUCAGCCGGCGAUGACUCCCGGAGGAAACCGGAUUUUAUAACUUUUUUUUUCCUAACGAGCGGCGCGUUUUUCAUGGCGAGCAGAGCCGCGUGCUUCCAACAGGUACAGAGGAACACGACAGGUGAGCUCGGAGGAAGAACCGCUUCCCCCUCAGACUUCAGCUCAGGGUUUCCGGGAUGGGCUCGGUCACCUCCGCCUUCUCAAGAUCCCGGAACGCCUUGGUGAAAGUGGGCUCCGAGCCCGACAAGCACGACCCGGAGAGGAGCCAGUCCGCUCCGGAGUCGGACCGAACCAGGAAGAGAGGCGCGCGCUUCAGCGCGUCCGGCCAGCCCGCGCGGCAGAGCUCGCGCCAGUCUCUGUCCGAGGUCCUGAGCAGACAGGACUCCGGCAGGCAAAGUUCACGGAGGAAGGUCUCUGAAGGUCAGCAGGGCGUGGCGAAUGAAGAUGGAGAGAACUCCAGAAGACCUCCGGCCAGCUUUUCACGAUCAAAGUCCCAGAGUGCUUUGUGGAACGCCAUCACAGCAGGGAUGGGCAUCAAAGACAAGGAGCAGAAGGACCUCCUGAAUGACCCGCGAAGUCCUGAGGAGAUUCUGGCCGAAGAUCCGCCAACAUCGGAUGAACCGGACGCCACGGAGAAGACCGCCAUCAGGCGCAAAUACAAGAAGACAUCCCAGAGAUUACGAUGUCUGGUGAAGCAGCUGGAGAGAGGAGAAGCUUCGCUCAACGAUCUGAAGAAAAACCUGGAAUAUGCAGCUUCUGUGCUUGAAUCGGUUUACAUCGAGGAAACCAGGCGGCUGGUGGACACGGAGGAUGAGCUCAGUGACAUCCAGUCGGACUCGGUGCCUUCAGAGGUGCGGGAUUGGCUGGCCUCCACUUUCACCAGACAGAUGGGGCUGAUGCUGCGGCGAAAUGAAGAGAAGCCGCGCUUCCGCAGCAUCGUGCACGCCGUUCAGGCCGGCAUCUUUGUGGAAAGAAUGUACCGACGCACCUCCAACAUGGUGGGACUCAGCUACCCGGCGUCUGUCAUAUCUGUGCUAAAGAAUGUUGACAAGUGGUCGUUUGAUGUCUUCGCUCUGAAUGAAGCCAGUGGGGAUCACGCCCUCAAAUUCAUCUUCUACGAGUUGCUCACAAGAUAUGAUCUUAUUAGUCGCUUCAAGAUUCCCAUCUCGGCCGUGGUGUCAUUUGUGGAGGCUUUAGAGGUCGGAUACAGCAAACACAAAAACCCCUACCACAACCUGAUUCACGCCGCCGACGUCACGCAGACCGUCCACUACCUGCUGCUCAAGACGGGCAUGGUGCACUGGCUGACAGAACUGGAGAUCUUUGCCAUGAUCUUCGCGGCGGCGGUGCACGACUACGAGCACACGGGGACCACAAACAACUUCCACAUCCAGACAAGGUCGGACACAGCCAUCCUGUACAACGAUCGCUCCGUGUUGGAGAGUCAUCACGUCAGCGCAGCCUACCGCCUUCUGCAGGACGACGACGAGAUGAACAUCCUGUACAACCUCUCCAAGGAUGACUGGAGAGAACUUCGGGCUCUGGUGGUGGAGAUGGUUCUGGCCACCGACAUGUCCUGCCACUUCCAGCAGGUCAAGGCCAUGAAAAAUUUCCUACAACAACCUGAAAGCAUCGACAAGCCCAAAGCUCUGUCGCUGCUGCUGCACACGGCCGACAUCAGCCACCCGGCCAAGAGCUGGGACCUCCACCACCGCUGGACCACCUCGCUGCUGGAGGAGUUCUUCAGACAGGGUGACAAAGAAGCAGAGCUUGGGCUGCCGUUCUCGCCGCUGUGCGACAGGAAGUCCACGCUGGUGGCUCAGUCUCAGAUCGGCUUCAUCGACUUCAUCGUGGUGCCCACCUUCACCGUGCUGACCGACAUGAUGGAGCGCAUCGUCACGCCUCUCAUCGAGGAGGCGUCCCGCUCGGGGCUCGCCGGCUUCAGGCGCUCCAGCCUGAACAGUAUCGGCUCGGAUGAAUCCAAGAGGCACAGUGUCAAGAGCGUGGGCUCCGACAGCAGCUCGCCCGGCCAGAGCCCGCUGCUCAUGGUGGAUAUUAAAAACUUCAAGGCCUUGUGGAACGAGGAGGUUUACCAAAACCGGGAGCGGUGGAAAGCACAGGCCGCCAAAGAGGCGGAGGAGAGAGCCAUGAAAGAGGCCGAGGAGCGCGCUCAGCAGGACGAGGCCAUGGAGCCGCAGGACGCCAACAAGCCAUCCGAACGCCCCGAUCCCAGUGACGGCUACCUGGAGGGGGAGGGGCCUGAGCCGGCAGAUGGUGUCGCGGGGGGAGCGGAUCAGGGGGCGCAGAGCCCCUCGCUGCAGAACGGGGAAUUGUCAGAAGAUACUGAGUCUCCAGACAGUGAAGAAAACAACAGCAGAAGAACGGUUGCCGAGGACGUGAUGGAGUGAAGAAUCCAGAGAGCGUCACGGCCAAACUGUUGCUGCACAGGGAGGGGGCCCUGAGCCUCCUCCUUCAUCUGGAGGACGCCGGCCUUUAGCGGGACUGUGUCGCCCCCUGCAGGCCGCAGAGAGACUCUCAUUCUAGAUAUCUGUCCUGUACCUACCGUCGUCUUCAUCACACCUCACCAUGUAUGCAGUCACUCUCCCACGGAGGAUUCAUCUCCUUAGAAAUGGGAGCGGGGAUCAUUUUUUAUGUCUGCCAUCCUUUUCUAUGUUGUGGCUGUAAGCUGACAUGUCGUGGUUGUACUUGUUCCUUUUCUUUCUUCUGUCGGUCUGAAUUAUGAAUCCAGUAGUUGUUGUUUUUGUUAGCUUAUCUCAGUUCUCGUAAAUAUAAUCUGUGAUAUUUAGAAUAGAUGCACAAUCAGAGAGAUGUUAGAAGCAUCGGUGCGGCAUGCACCACACACGAUUGUACAGUACACUGGAGUUUUCUAACCGUCCAUCCUUAAACUUUCUUCAUUUUCCUGCACUUUAGAAGCUUCUCGUUUGCUGAAGAGAAACAUUUUUGUUUACUUUCGUGUCGCUUUUUCCUUUGUGUGCCGUUCUGAUGCAUUUGUGUUUCCUGCAUCCCAUAGAAAACAUGUACCUGUAUGCAUACGAGGUGGAGUAGAAAUCCAUCCAGUAAGGGAAAUAUUUUUGAGAUAAAAUGUAAAAUAAUUGUGAAAAAAAAAUAUAUAGAAAGAAGCUUUUGCAAUUGAAAACAUAUCACAUACGCAAAUGCAUUUACGAAAUUGUGAUAUAUUUACAACUUUUGUUUAUCUUUUUGUAUAAUGAUUUGCUUUUGUUUGUGAUUCAUGCACUAGAUUUGUACAUCACUCUAAAUGUCUCCUUGAUGAUGCCUUCAAAUGUGUAUUAAGCUGUAGCAAAAUGUCGCUGAAUUUAGAGACGAAUCAUGUCUUUUUUUGGGUUAAACUGUUUUUGCCGCAGCAGCAGCUUCCCUUUCCUGACACGACGUCGAAUCCUCGCCGGCUGAAAGCUGUUACGUCGCCGUGAUGCGCUGCAGGCUCUCCAGUCCGAGCCAACUGCUUCUUGGUGGUUCUCCGGGUUUUAAAGUCUGUGACGCUGUGUGUAGACCCAGUUAUUGCUCUAUGUGCAUGUAUAAGCAAACACAGCGCGUUGGUUCAGUUUCACUACAUGCUUCAAACGUGUGAACGGAAAGAAAGUCGUUUCUGUUUUUGGGGCAGUAUUUAAGUUUAUUUAUCGUUUCUCUGAAAAUAUCUGAUGAUUUUUAUGAUGAGACAAUCCCAAGAUUUUUAAAGACGUUUAUUUGAAUUCAUCCUGCAAGCUAACACA